AUGACUUUACAAGAUAAGAUUGAGAAUAAUAUUAAAGAAUAUGAGUGUAUAUAUUCUAAGAAAGGGACUUAUGAUAUUGAAAAUUGUACAGAAUCAAUUGGAUACUCUUACAAGACUCAAAAAGUUGAUGGAAUUUUAACAUUACAUGAUGAUGGUAUCGAAUUACCUUAUAUAUCCAUUUUUUAUGGUAAAUUAAAUAUUAAAAUGAGAUAUGUAACUUUAAUUUUGAUGAUAUUACAAAGUGUAUUUGCUGUAUUAUGUAUGAGACUUUCUUUAAUAUAUCCUUCAAAGGAUGGUAAAUUUUAUUUAUCUCCUGUUUCAGUUGUAGUUGGUGAAUUUAUGAAACUUAUAACCUCACUUAUAUUGAUAUUUAUUACUACAUCAGAAUGUAAAUUAUCAAAUUAUAGACAAGCUUUAUAUGAUGAAUUGACAAGUGAUUAUUGGGGUAAUAUUCUUGUUUGUAUCCCUGGUACUUUAUUUCUUUUUCAAAAUAAUUUAUUAUAUGUUGCACUUAAAAGAUUACCUGUAUCAAUAUAUCAAGUUAUAUAUCAAUUAAAAAUAAUAACAACAGCUUUAUUUAGUGUAAUUAUUUUAAAAAGAAAACUUAGUUCUGUUAGAUGGUUUGCUUGUUCUAUGUUAGUGAUUGGAGUUGUAUUAGUUCCAAAAUCAUCUAAUAAAGAUAAUUUAGAGACUUCUAGUUCAUUUCAAAUAGUCAUAGGACUUAUUUCUGCAAUAAUAUGUUCAAUAACAUCUGGACUUGGUGCUGUAAUACUUGAAAAAGUCAUUAAAAGUGGAAAUAAAACUGUAAAUUAUAGUUUAAUUGGUAGUAAUGAUGAAAUAAGUCAUUUUAAAACAUCAAUUUGGGGUAGGAAUGUAAUUUUAGCUUUAAUAGGUAUAGUUGGUGGUAUUCCAUUAGCAUGGUUUAGUCAUAAGGAUGCAAUAUUAAAAGAUGGUGUUUUUCAGGGUUUUAAUUUUUUAACUAUAAUUGUUAUUUUAUUGAAUGCAUAUGGUGGAUUUAUUAUUUUGGGAGUAUUAAAAUAUGCUGAUGGAAUUGUGAAGUGUUUUUGUAAUGCCAUAACUAUAGUUUUGAUAUCAAUACUUUCGUGGAUUAUUGAAGAUAGUACUCCUACAGCACAAUUCUUUUUAGGAGCAUUAAUAGUAAUAUCUGCUGUUAAUAUAUAUACUUUAGAUUGUCUUAUUCCAAGUUCUAUUGUUGUAUAUGUUAAACAAAAACUUAAUUAUAAAUCUCUAUCUGUUUGGAAUAAAAGGCAGUAUAUAUAA